CAGGCAACUUGGGUGAGUGCACGGAGCUUCUUCAGCUCCGGCGGAACCGACGGCAGAGGGUAGACCCGGGAGCUGCGGCACACCCCGGUCCUCCCCGAGUCUCUUCAAGAGCCCCGACUUGGGGCAGAGAUGCGCUCAGCGGCGCUAAGACCGAGGUCCAGCCGCCGCCGCCGCCGCCUCUUCUCACCGCUCCUCCCGCCUCACUCUCAGUCGGUUUCUCCAACUCGCGUCCGGUUCCACGUUCCUCAGUCCUCAGCUAUGAGCAGCGGAACAACACAGACGGCGAGGUUUACGGCCCGCAGCCGGCAGGUGAACAGCACCAGUCAGCUGCCGAAACAAUUCGAAGCCCCUAGAGAUACCCACAUCAGCCCUUCUCUUCUUGCCCCGCCCCUUCCGCUUGUGAUUUGCUUCAGCUUCCGGUCACGGGGUCUCAGCCCUGACGUGAAGCGCUUGGAAUUGUGGGAUUUCCUUCCUUUCUCGCUCUCCGGCCAUCUUGGCGGCUGCAGUGGGCUGGGGGCGUCCCGCGCCUAAGGCAGG